CUGCUGUGCGUCAGAGAAUUUAGGACGUUUUUUUUCUCUCGCUCUCUUACUGAUGGUGAUUAACGUUGAAGGAAGCCUAGCAGCACUUUGUGCAGCCAGACACUCCCUAUGCCCGUGGACCAGAGGUUGAAGUCGUGGAACCGUAGUCCUUAUCCACCUCAGUGCUCAAGUGGAAGUCCUCCUAGCCGGGUGAGAGACUCGUCCAGGCACAUUCACAACGCAGAUAACUAAAAAAGACAACGGGAUAGAGGAGCCUCUUUUCAAUUGAAGGGAUAUUCCCGGGAUUCUUCACUUUCCUCCAGAGUGGAUUAAGGGACAACAUUUCCAAUUCAGAGGGGGAUUGCUGAUUCCAAAAUGGAGGUGAAGACGUCACUUCUAGACAACAUGAUAGGAGUGGGGGACAUGGUCCUGCUAGAACCCCUCAACGAAGACUCCUUCAUCGAGAACCUGAGGAAACGCUUCGACCACAAUGAGAUCUACACAUACAUCGGCAGUGUGGUGAUCUCCAUGAACCCCUACAGGUCUCUGUCUAUCUUCACACCAGAGAAGGUGGAGGAGUAUCGCAACAGGAACUUCUACGAGCUCAGCCCACACAUCUAUGCCCUGGCAGACGAGGCCUACCGUUCUCUGAGGGACCAGGAUAAAGACCAGUGUAUCCUCAUCACAGGAGAGAGUGGAGCUGGAAAGACCGAGGCCAGUAAGCUGGUGAUGUCAUAUGUGGCGGCGGUGUGUGGGAAGGGCCAGGAGGUGAACAAGGUGAAGGAGCAGCUGCUGCAGUCAAAUCCCGUGCUGGAGGCUUUCGGGAAUGCUAAAACUGUGAGAAAUGACAACUCAUCCCGAUUUGGAAAAUACAUGGACAUUGAGUUUGACUUCAAAGGAGACCCUCUGGGUGGAGUUAUUAGCAACUAUUUGUUGGAGAAGUCCAGGGUUUGCAAGCAGCCAAGAGGAGAGCGAAACUUCCACAUCUUCUACCAGCUUCUUUCUGGAGCUUCAGGGGACACCCUGACGAAGCUGAAGUUGGACAGAGACUUCAGUAAGUACAACUACCUGAGUCUGGAUUCAGCCACCGUCAAUGGACUAGACGACGCAGCAAGCUUUAGGACCGUCAGGAAUGCAAUGCAGAUUGUGGGUUUUAUGGAGGAUGAGGUGCAGUUGGUCCUAGAGCUGGUAGCAGCCGUCCUCAAACUGGGGAACAUUGAGUUCAAACCAGAGUCCAGGGUCAACGGCUUUGACGAAAGCAGGGUCAAGGACAAGAAUGACCUGAAGGAGAUGUGUGAGCUGUUGGGGAUUGAGCAGUCUGUGCUGGAGAGGGCUUUCAGCUACCGCACCGUGGAAGCCAAGAUGGAGAAGGUGUCUACCACACUCAACGUGGCCCAGGCCUACUAUGCCCGUGAUGCCCUGGCCAAAAACCUCUACAGCCGUCUGUUCAGCUGGCUGGUCACCAGGAUCAAUGAAAGCAUCAAGGCUCAGGCCAAAACACGCCACAAGGUGAUGGGAGUCCUGGACAUCUAUGGUUUUGAAAUAUUUGAGGACAACAGCUUUGAACAGUUCAUCAUCAACUACUGCAACGAGAAGCUUCAGCAGAUCUUCAUCGAACUGACGCUACGUGAAGAGCAGGAGGAGUACGUCAGAGAGGGCAUUGAAUGGACCAACAUUGAGUAUUUCAACAACGCCAUUAUCUGUGACCUCAUUGAGAAUAACCAGAAUGGUAUCCUGGCCAUGUUGGAUGAGGAAUGUCUCAGGCCAGGCACAGUGACUGAUGACACUUUCCUAGACAAGCUCAACACCAUCUGUGCUGAGCACCAGCACUUUGAGAGUCGCCUCAGCAAGAACUCCAAGUUCCUGACAGACCACAGCUUGCCUCACAGCUGCUUCCGCAUCCAACACUACGCUGGGAAAGUGCUGUACCGUGUGGAGGGCUUUGUAGACAAGAACAAUGACCUGCUGUACAGAGACCUGUCUCAGGCCAUGUACAAGGCCACCCACAGUCUGAUGAAACAGCUGUUUCCUGAGGGAAACCCUGCAAAGGUCAACCUGAAGAGACCCCUCACCGCAGGCUUCCAGUUCAAGGCCUCUGUAGGGGGACUAAUGAGGAACCUGCAGACCAAGAACCCCAACUACAUCAGGUGCAUCAAGCCCAACGAUAAGAAGGCAGCCCACAUCUUCACCGACUCACUGGUGUGUCACCAGGUGCGUUACCUGGGUCUGAUGGAGAAUGUGCGUGUGAGGAGGGCAGGCUAUGCAUUCCGCCAGCCCUACGAGCCCUGUCUGGAGCGGUACAAGAUGCUCUGCAAGCAGACCUGGCCUCACUGGAGAGGACCCGCGAGGGAUGGAGUGGAGGUGCUGCUGACAGACUGUUCUGUUCCAGCUGAGGAGUUUGCCUACGGACGCUCCAAAAUCUUCAUCAGGAACCCCAGAACGCUGUUCACCCUGGAGGAGAAGAGAAGGGCGUGUCUGGAGGACCUGGCCACCCUGAUCCAGAAGAUCUACCGGGGUUGGAAGUGUCGUACUCACUUCCUCCUGCUGAAGAAAAGCCAGGUGGUGGUAGCAGCCUGGUACCGCAGAUAUGCACAACAAAAGAAAUAUGAGAAGAUCAAGAGCGCUACACUAGUGAUGCAGUCCUUCACCAGAGGGUGGAAGGCCCGCAAGAUCUUGCGACAGCUGAAAUACGAGAAGAGAUGCAAGGAGGCAGUGACUACCAUUGCAGCGUACUGGCAUGGGACUCAGGCCCGGAUGGAGCUGCGGCGCCUAAAGACGGAGGCACGGAAUAAGCAUGCCGUGUCUGUCAUAUGGGCAUACUGGCAGGGGACCAAGGCACGCAGGGAGCUAAGGUGCCUGAAGGAAGAGGCCAGGCGUAAGCACGCCGUCGCCGUCAUUUGGGCCUACUGGCGGGGACUCCAGGUUCGCCGGGAGUACAGGAAGUUCUUUAGGGCCAACGCUGGCAAGAAGAUCUACUGCUUUAUCAUCCAGAGAAUCAUGCAGAAGUACUUCCUGGGUCUGAAGACUACCGUGCCCUCCAUGUCACCCAUAGACAACACCUGGUCAGCCCAGCCUUACAGCUUCCUGGAGGGAGCUCACACUGAGCUCAGGAGGAUCUUCCACCUCUGGAGGUGCAAGAAGCACCGUGGCCAGUUCACAGAGGAGAAGAAGGCUGUGUACGAGGAGAAACUGGAGGCCAGUGAGAUCUUCAAGAACAAAAAGGCUCUGUACCCCAGCAGCGUGAGCCAGCCUUUCAAAGGAGACUAUCUAGAGAUCCAUAAGAACCCUAAGUACCAGAAGCUGAACAGUGCUGUGGAAGAGAAGGUGCUACUGGCUGAUGUGGUGAACAAGAUAAACCGGGCCAACGGCAAGGGGUCACCAAGGCUCUUCUUGCUGACCAAAAACAACUUUGUCUUAGCUGACCAGAAGACAGGCCAAGUGAAGGCCAGCGUGCCGCUGCCAGACCUCACCAGCGUGUCGGUCAGCACUCAGAGUGACGGCUUCUUCGCCCUCAAGCUCAAAGAGGGCUCUGCUUCAGCUGCCAAAGGUGACUUCCUGCUAAACAGUGAGCAUCUUAUUGAGAUCAUCACCAAACUCCACCGCACAUGGACCACCGCUGCAGACAAGGACCAAAUCAACAUUGAUAUCUCAGACGAGUUCCUCGUUCAGUUCAAGCAGGACAAGGUGUGUGUCAAGUUCAUCCAGGGGGGGCCUAAGAACGGCACCAGUGCUGCCUGCAAGCGCAAGAACAACCGCCUACUGGAGGUGUCUGUGCCAUCAUCGCCAUAGAGACGACACAACGUCACUGAUAGGGUUUUCAUGACAGUUCACCAUCAGACCUAAAUCCAGCCCCACCCCCAAUGACUGUGCAAUUUACGCUACUUUUUGUUGUUAUUUGUUCUCUCUUAUUUCCUCUUCAGAGUCAUUACAUCACUGUAAAAUGUAAUAGUGCUGCCACUUUUGGUAGAGAGUGAAAGACUCUCAAGAUAGCAUGACGAUAAGGUUAUAAGAGAGAGAGAAAGAUGAUACUUUUACUUGUAUUGUUUUUAAAGUUGGUGGUGGGUGAAGGAAGGAAAGAAGUGCACUCCUCUUGUUAAUGGAGCAUAAGAUAUCUCCAGUCAGAUAAUGAUGAUGAUAAAGAUUGUUGAGCUUGGUGAAGCUAAUAUGCAGUCUUUGUGGUGUGGUAUCAAAGCCAUCCAUGCCAAGCCGUACCCAUAUUCAGUGAUCGCUAAAAAGGGGCAAAGAAAGAAAGUAUUGACAAGUCAUACCCCUGAACUAGCUUCCAGGCCAUCGGAUCAUUUUUUUCUGUUUGAGCUCUGAAAUGGAAACUCUUUAGACCAACGAUGACCAGAGAGCUUUCAGGGUUGCUUUAAAAUGUUAUCUGAAAGUUUAAAAAAAAAAGCAAAAAAUCCAAUAUGAUGGCACUUGUUAUGUUCACUCGGGUGAGUUAAAAUGAGAAAAAUAUCAUGAUGAAUAGGCUGAAUAUUGGCUGGGUUGUAUCUGUUUAUGUUGUGCUUUGCUGACACCUACACAGCUCUGACUAAACAGUGGGUGUUCAAGUAGAAGAAUCAACAGUUGUCAAAUGAUAUAUCGUUAACCACUUAGUAUCCAUAGCAACUCCCUUCUCUGUGUGGUGCCACGACGUGUUACAUGUAUCAGUGUUGUCAUCUAAUCAGGUCUUGGACAAAGUGAAAACCAAAAAGGAGAAUGGUCCCUAAACUCUGUUUAUUAUGAAGUAAAUACCACAAAACCUUUUUAAGAGGGACUUAAUCAAGCAGGAACAAGACUUUAUUUGAUAACACACUACACGUGAUCAAUAUUCAUUUCCUCACUUUUCAGUUGUCCUCAAAGUACAUGUCUUCUCUAAGCUUUACUCAAUAUACAUGUAUGUUCAAAUAAUUAUUCUAAACUGUUACCUUUUUCAAUGUGUAAUUGAACAGUGUAGAUCCAUAUCCUUAUAAAUGUCAUUACUCAGACAAUAAUUCAGUGGUUUGGUGCACAAGGACCUCCCCUAUGCCCCUUAUGAAGGCUUGUGAUCGGUCAGAUGGACAGGAAGUUGUUUGAAUUGUCAGGAAGUUUCCAACCACCACAGGAAGUGAGAUGGACCCCACGGUUCCCAAGCCUACCCUUUGUCCAGUUUUUAAAAAGUGAUUUAUCUGGAUUUUGCCUAUGGAAAGGAUGAAAUGCAUUGAAAUUGAAUGGAAGUCCCAAUUCAAUCAUUCAUCCGUUCUAUUCAUUCUAUUUCUAUGUGUUUCUACUUAGCCGAUAGGCAAAAUCCAAAUAGAUAACUUGUGAAAAACUGGGCCCAGAUGACUAUCCUAGAUUCCCAGAUUUAAGGCUGGUCAGUCUUUUUAGAGCCACGCGGCUGCUAUUUUUCAUUGGCCCUCUUGUGUGAAAUGUAAGGGAAAUUAGCUAUUUGCCUGGAAGGCUACCCUAGGCUAGGCUACACCAUCUCAAGCAUUCCUCCUCCCUUUGGCCUGAGUAAAUUAGUAAAAGGACGCAGCAUGUCGACAGACGGAACACAAGAUUAAGUCCUACACUCUGACAGACGUUUCUCAAGCACAUGCUGUUGAGAGAAACACUCACUCACUGACUAUCAUACACAUCAGCUAUACAUAAGCUAAGACAUAGACCCAGCAUGUAGGGGUAAAUUAUAGUGUCCUUAUGCUAGUUUUCUUAUUGCUGUGAUGCAGAAAUAUCUAUGCUGUUUUUGCCAUCACAACGUAGGCAGUUAAAUUCUUUGUAGCCCCAUUCUGGCUAAUAAUAAAUGCAGUGUUUUACUUGGGACUCCCCCAGCUGUUUUUUGAGUGCAUAUGGACAUAUAGUACAUUCUUGGGAAGUUUUUUCAGAAAUCUAGCAAUCACCGCUUUACCGUCUACUCUACGUGUGCACACGUAGACUAUACUUUAUACACACACAAGCCAAUGUCCCUGAUCUUUGAAAUUUGGACAUCUAUUAUAAUAUGAUAUUCUUUAUCAAGAGGUUUCGUGGGAGUUUGGACUGUUGACGUCAAUGUUAAACAAUUGGGUUCUCUGGUGGUGGAGGUUGUAGCUCAGCCGAACUGCACUAGAUCACAUUCCUAUAGAUCGUGCUGGGGUAUUUUCAUUUUAAGUUUUUGUAAUUUCACAGAAAAACCAUAGGUGGACUUUGAGGAAUGUUUUUUCCUUGCAUGGGGAGGAUGUUGUGCAAAAUCGAAUGAUGUUUGUUGCUGUUCAGUUCUGUACAGUUUGAGAUUUCAAUGCAGUUUGCUACAAGGUUAAUAAUUCUCUCGCACUUCUGUUUAUAUUUGAAGUUAAAUAUGAAAAUAGAAACGCAAAAUGAUGUAUGCAUUCUUGUCGUGUGCCUAAUGUAAGACAGAAAGAACAUGGAAGUGUUUCAAUACUAUUCAAUGUAACACAUUUACAAGUAAUUUUUUUUUAAUAAAAAAAAAGCAGUAAAGACUU